AAGAGAAAGUUGAUUGGUUCAUUUAAAAAUAACAUAAGCGCACCACGCCAUUUAAAUGUUUUAAAAGUCGUGUGUUCCUCCUGUUGAUCUGAAGUGUGGAAUAGGAGAAAGGCGGAUAAACUAUACGCUUGGGCCACUGUAUUUGUCGUUUUUUCAGGUAACAUUAAGAAAAGGAUCAUGGGAUCAAGUGAGAGUAAGAUGACUGCAUCUGCAGCCAUAAAACCAGAGCCAGCCUUCAAAAAGACUCACAUCAGUCACCUCAUCGAUCCUCGCUCCCCCUCAGCUGGCAUAGAACGAACACCUAUUCAGGUUGGGCAGCUUGUGUCCAAAACGUCUGCUGAGAUGAAAAGCGAGUGCCCUGUGGUGUUCAGUGAUCCACGUUCACCUACCAUUGGCAUUACCCGCACCCCUGUGAGAGAAGUCAUGAGAGCAACAGUCGGGUCCUUUGCUCGUCGCCUGGGUAUGAUUUUUCACAGUGAGGUUGAAGGGAAACUCCCCGAAGGCCAUCAGAAAGGCUUCCGUGGCGCAUCAAAGAAAGAGGAGGACUUUAUAAGUGAAGAGCUGGCAUCCACUGAGCCCCUCCUGGGCCCACGGCUGUCCAGCAACCUUAAUGAACAUGCUAACUUACUGGUGACACCUGUCCAGCCCCCUCUCCAGAGCGUAGAGAAAUUGAGUCCUUUUGUGCUUCCUGAAGAGCCUCAGGUGGAGGUGGAGAUAGAAACUGAAGCAGAUAUUAGCCUGGAGGAGGCUGAGGAAGCAAGAGAGUCUCCUGUUCACAAGAGACUGAGCAUGAGCCUGAUAACCUGCCACGAGGGCGCUCCCUCCCCCCGAGCCUUUGCAGAGGUCCAUCGUGAAAAUAUUUCAUCCCCAGAACCUGGCGCAGAAGUGGAGCCACUCGGGGAUGGUGUGGAUCACGCUUACGCCCUUCCUUCUGCUACCAUUGAAGCAGACUCUCCUGUUGAACCUGCCCCCUCCAACACCCUUCCUUCUGCUACCAUUGAAGCAGACUCUCCUGUUGAACCUGCCCCCUCCAACACCCUUCCUUCUGCUACCAUUGAAGCAGACUCUCCUGUUGAACCUGCCCCCUCCAACACUGAUGCUGAUGAUUCCAUUGCACAGCCAGAGAAGGAAGAAACUAAAGAGCUCGGUAAAGAAGCUAAUUUGCUUCCAUCCGGUCCACCAUGCGUUCGUGGUCCUGAGCAGCCACAGGCCUGCACCGGCAUCCGCUGCCCCACCUUUGACUCAAAGAGCCCUAGCCAGACUGUUUUCAAACCGCAGUGGCUGGGAAAUGGCUUUCGUCCGUCUGGGCUCAGAGCGAGAGGAGUGCAGGGGCUCGGUGGAAAAGGAGGCUCCUCUCCUCUCGCCAUCCGUGUGGCCGUUAAGAACGUAGCCAACGAAAACAAAGGACAGUCUGGAAAACUGAAGCAGAAAGGAACUGAAGGCCGCUCCCCGCUGCAGAUCCUCAAGAAGACCAACUCACCCAGAGACCAGCGCGCUCAGAUGAAGCUGAAGACGUCCACUCCCGACAAGCAGAGGGCUGGACAGAUGGACCGCCGAGUGCUGGCUGUGUGUCUGGAUAAGGAGAACCAAUGAGGCACUACACGCACUGUUUUUUAAAAAUGUGUUUUUAUGUGUAUAGCUUCCACAAACUGUUUGUUGUCCUGUAUAUAUUUAACUGCUUGUUGUUGUGUAAAUAAACUUUGCAAACCUA